GCCAGUCAAAACGUCUCAAGGAAGCAUCCUUCUUCACUUGACAUUGCCAGAGCAGGUGGCCCUGUUACUGGCUUCCCUUGACCCUGAACGCCUGGCUAACUCUCUCUCUCUCUCUCUCUCUCUCUCUCUCUCUCUCUCUCUCUCUCUCUCUCUCUCUCUCUCUCUCUCUCUCUCUAUCGGACUGGCUGCAGGAUCCGCCAGCUGAGCAUCCCAGUGCUAAUUCCAUUAUACAUUCAGUCUGGAAGCUACAGGGCUGGCUUCUAAUUGCUUUGUAUCUCCCUGGCCUCUGUGAAUAUGGCUGCUAAGGGUAAGAGGAAGGAACAUUAGAGAGAGUGGCUGCAGCUGAUUGGAAAUUUCUGUGCUAUUUCACCUUGCUGAGGAUCUAAUCUGGUCGAGCUUUGCUGGAAAGGAGAGGGAGACAGACCAAUACAUAAGCAGAAGCUGGAGUUGGAGUCAUGCAGUCCUUCAGAGAAAGGAGUGGUUUCCAUGGCAACCAGCAGUGCUACCAGCAGGAGGCACAUGAAUUAUCACGCCUUGAGAAUUACAGGCAUCAUCAGAGCCAGACGAGACAGGGCUAUGAGGCGCAUGCUCUUGCAGCAGCAAAGGACUGUUACAGCCAGCAAGUCUACCCUGGCUACAGCAACAGCACCGGUGCAGAUAAGCAAUACAAAGGAGCAAAAAUCCCAACCCAGCAUCUGCAAAACAGCUCGUCCUUGACUGGCUACAGCAACCACCUCACCAAUGCGUAUUCAGCCCAGUACGUAAGCGAGGGACACCUGCAGCAAAAGUGGGAAGACUCCUCACAUUUACCCCAGUAUGAGCAGGAGCUCGUAGGAAGGCUGGAGUCCCCCACCAGUGGUGGUCAGUACCUUGAGCAGAACUUACACCCUGUAUCCAGGAGCCAGUGCUCCCACUCUACCCAGCAGAACCCCCCAGUUUAUACCACCCAUCACCAGCAAAAGGUCCAACAAGACACCUCCACCUCCGCUAUGACGUACACACAAGGCUCCCUCCACUUUCCUCAGCACUCCCAAUCGCUCUCCUCCUCAACUCCUUCCUACACCGUGGUGGACAAAUGCAACCAAACUAGUCACUGUUACAAAAACUAUGCCAUGCCUUCCAAUUCCCAAUACAACAGGCAGCUUGGGAGUGGCACUAUCAAACAAGGUGGCUACAGAGCCCAGACUAAUUAUAGCUACCAGUCGACUCCUGCAAGAGUUGGCUAUGAACAGCAAGCUCCCCUGCAAGCAAUGCCCAAUACCCAGGACAACCUUUCAAAGUACCAACAUUAUAACCAACCCCAGCAGAACUACUGCCUGACAGACAUCUCUGUGAGGUCUCCCGAGCAGUAUUACCAAAACUGCAGCCCCAGUUCAAGCCAAUCCCCGGCUAGAUCCGUUGGGAGAUCUCCCUCCUACAGUUCCACGCCUUCUCCCUUAAUGGUCAACCCAGAGACCUUCCAGUACAACCAGCCACCCAUCACUACAGGGGCUUCGUCAUCCACUGGCAUCAGAGACCAGAGUCUUUUGAUUCCCUCUCACACCCACUCUUCCAAUCUCAACCCUCAACCGACCAGUUAUGCAGGAUCUCUCAAGGACAGAUUUUCAGAGAAGCUUCUCUCCAACCCCAGCCUUUGGAGCCUCAAUGCACUGACUUCUCAAGUCGAGAACAUUUCUAAUAAUGUCCAACAGCUUCUGCUUUCCGAAGCUCUUGUCUCCAACAAGAAAGGUGGAAAACGGACCCCUAAAAAAACAGAAGACUAUCAAGGUCAGCUGAGAGCUGUGGAGGAUGGGUCUGAGGUGCAGCUAGCCACACCAGCGUCCGAACCUUUCAGCACUCCUCAGUCAGUCCACACAGAGAUGCAAGAGGGAGAAUACUCAAGCAGUUCUGAAGAGCAACUUGAGAGGAUCUAUUACAUGUGCAGUCAGAACAGUCCAGCCCGGACAACAAACAACUCACAGGUUAUCCUCGAAACUGUAUCUUCAGAUUCUGUGACUUCACCUGACAAUAUGUCAGCCAAAUCUGACGACUCUCUGCACAGUGGUGAACCAGGAGAACAUUUUACAACCUUACUGAAGAAGAACCUAGGCAAUGAGAAGUCUCCAACAAGCCAGUCUGCCUCCAGUCCUCUGAAGCAAGAGGAGAACGCUGCCGCUGCCAUUAUCAAGGAGAACUUCGAAGAGUCAGCUUGGCCUGAUAAGACAAGAGCAGAAAAGGAAGAAAUAAAUGAGCCUCUACUCACAGGUGAUGAGAAGGGUGACAUCUGUGUGGUAGACCAAGGAGGCUGGCUGGAGGAAGAGAAAUACCCAGCGUUCUUUCAUAAAUUAAGCAAAGUAUUAAUAAACAAAAGCUAUCCCAAUAGCAUGGAGCAGAAAAUAUAUCAGGACAUGCAAAUCCAGUAUGUGACAGAUGAGAGGGAAGACUGUGAGAAGCCCUCAAGCCCUGCUGAGUUUCACUGUGGGACGGCUGCAGGCUCUGAUGUGGAUGCUGAAAUGUAUAAUUCAGACUUUCCUGCAGAGUUAAACGUUGCAGGUAAAGCUGUGCAGUUCAACUGGAGCAACGACCUUGUACAAGAGCAAUAUUUAACCAUGAAAGAGGAAGUCUCCAAUUAUUCCAAAUUUAAUUCCGGAGUCGAAGUAUUUGAAGAAAAGCUUUCAGCAGCUGAGGAGAACCUGUACAUUGAGGAGUGCUCUGUCCAGCUGUCAGAAUCAAGUAAACCUGCUGUGAUAAAGGACAAGCAUAGCUCACUAUUACCUGAAGAGACAUUCAAGCACCAAGUAUGGAUGCAGGAGUCUGCAGAAUGCAGUAGUCCAGAAGAAGACCAGGAUAGGGGAAACCAGAUCCCAGAACCUAAAGAAACGUUUUUUGAGUCAAUUGUCCAAGAGGCAGUCUUUUCUAGCACGGAAAGAUCAGUAAUACGCGAUGUCUCACCUCAACAUCCUUCUAAGACAUCAGUUUUAGUGACCCCCGAUGAAACUACACCUUUGUCCCAGACAAGUGACAACAGUGAUCUAGAGGACAGCAUGAUACUUGCCCAUGACAUACCUCUCUUAGCCGUUCAGUCAGUGAUUCACUCUGCCUCAUCAUGGGCUGAUACCCCUCCCUCUUCAAAAAAAUGGGAUGAAGAAAUAGAACUUGGAACUGACUGUCUAGAUGAAGUGCCAGAAUCCUUUGAAUCAGAGUCACUCAAUGCACCAGCAAAGCUCAAUGAAUUAAACAGAAAACAUGAUGAAGAGAAAACCAACCAACCGGGAAGAUUAAUGCACACAAGUGUUAGAAUUAGGAGGCUUUCUAGUCUGGUAGGAGAGGGGCUGCCAACGGCUCCACAAGUGAUCAAUAUGUCAUCUAGUAAAUAUACAACUUCAGCAGACCAGACAGAAGCAACUAGCAACAAUCUGUCUAGUCAGAUACCUAAAAGUUUUGCAGAGAACCCGCCAUCAAGGAUGUGUACUCGAUCUUUCACAGCGCAGGGUGUCCCCAAGGCUUGUGUGCAUAUAAAAAGACAAUCAGCCCCUAGCCUCCCUAAGACAGCUUCCUCAAAAGACCUUCUUUGUCACCCUACGGACAUGCUUUCCAAAAUCAAGUGCUUGAAACACAAAGGCCUAAAAUCUAUUGAAGGUUGCAUUAAGGGCAAAAGGAGUCUGAGUGAGUGCUGCCCGAAUGGGGAAGGCCAGGAUGGCACCCAGAGUAUAUUGCCACUGCUAAAAGAGCAAAGGCCAAUGGUAUUGAGGUCAAGAAAACAAAAGCAAGAGAAGCCACUGAAAGAAAAAGUAAAAGAAAAAAGAAUGCCCAAUCUCCUGCCUAGGAAGCUUAAAACACCACAUAAGCAGAAGGCUGUCUUUCUGAAAGGUAAGGCACGAGCAAGCCCUAAACAAAACACAGCUGACUCCCAUCGAAAAGUGAUGUACAGAAUAAAAAAUAAAACUGAAAAGCCAGCCGAGAAUCUGUUAUCCGCCCUUAAGAGGAAGUCCAACGGCUGCUCACCCAUCCCUGUGAAACGACACAGAGGUGUGAAACAGGGAAAGGGUGAGGCGCUCCUGGACCCAUUAAAUAACAAAGAGGUGGUGGCAAAAACUCCCAAUAAGAAAUCUCAGAGGGGAGCCCAUUUCAAAACCUCUUUAAACAGUUACCUUACCAAAGAAUUGCCUCUCGUUGUCUCAAGUGUUACCCCUUGCGUUCAGGCUCAGUACCCUGCUAAGACUAAAUAUCUACCCCCAAGGAAAGGCAGGGGCCUUAAAUAUGAAGCCAUGGUGCAGAAGAUCACAUCUCCAGGCUCCAAGAAGAAUGCCCCUAGCACUUACGCAGAAAAUACAGUGGCUAAUCCAACAACUGCAUUGCAGAGUCAUGAAGAGAAUGAGCAAAUAAAGGAAGCACAGCAGCUGAAACCAAGGGCUGAUGCAGAAUCACAGAAUGUGAUUGUGGAACUAGAAGGAAACAAAAGCCCUCCUUCAAAAAGAAGGCAACUGUCAGUUGGCAAGAUCUGUGUAAGUAGGAGCCAAAUUGCCUCAGCCUUUGAAACAGAAGUGAAUUUAGUUGUUGGACCAAGGCUAGCUAAACAAAGGGCAAUCAAAAACAAUCACGAAAUGCACAUGAAACAACGGAGGAGAAGGAGAAAAGGUAUUGGGUCAACGGUUCCCGAAGACAAUGUUGUGGCAGACCAGCAUUCUUCAACCCCUUUGCUUGCAUUACCUCCCCUGGAAACAGAACUGUCAACACCCACACCAGUUACCGUAGAAACAAGCACAUGUAAGAGGGUCAAUCAAAGGUUAUCUCAUCCAAAAAAGAAACAGGUGAAAUAUUUAGAUAACAAGAACAGGCAAAAUCAAAAGACUGUUAAAAAAACAGGGACAGUCAGAAGGAAUAGAAAGCAUUUAGAUGCAGUUAAAACCAAGGAGAAUGGAUGCAGGCUCAAGAACCAACAUAAAAAACAACGUGCUCCAAUAGUAGAAGACAAGGAGCCUGAGAUCCGAUUAAAAUAUGUGUCAUACAAACCUCAGAAAAACGAAAACAAGCCACCUCAGUUCUGUCCUUAUAUUCACAUUGACAAGUCAAAAGAGUUGUCUUCUAUAUGUAACAUUGUUAACAGGCCUGAAGAGGCAUGUCAGCUUCUUCAGACAAGGAAAAAUAAUUCACCAAGGAUAAAGAACUCUGUAGCAGUUGCCAAGGUGAUACCAAACUCUUCUGUCAUGCAGCAGGGUCCUUUGAUAAACAAGAAUCUGAUUGAUAGAUGUCUAACUUGCUGCCUGUGUAGAAAGCCUGCAAAUUACAGAGAGCUGGGAGACCUCUGUGGGCCAUACUACCCAGAGGACAGCAUUCCAAGAAAAACACAAUCUUUUAAGUGCAAAACAGAGUUGGGGGAGAAUAGGGUGAAAAUGUUAUGUAGCUCUGUUCAAAGUGAGGCUACAGAGCCAGAAACUGAGAAGAGCAGCAGUAGUGUUGUCCCUGGAAGGCCCCGACGUCUUGACAAGUUACCAGGGGAACACCCCGGUGUCCGAUCGAAGUUUAGGGACAGGUACCGGAAGUUGCAUCAGUUUCAGGGGUACAACAGGAAAGCUGUGGACGCAGAGUCAAACCCCCUGAAAGAACAGGAUUGCAGUGGGCCAGUCUCACAGCAUUUGGAGCUGGAGGUAGAUUCUAAAGAGCACUGGGUACAUGAGGCCUGUGUAGUAUGGACUAAUGGCGCAUUCCUCGUCGCGGGCAAGCUGUAUGGACUUCAGGAAGCUGUGCUGGUGGCCAGUGAAACGAACUGUUUGAAAUGCCUGGAAUCUGGGGCCACAGUAGGCUGUUGUUCGAAAGGAUGCACGCAGAAAUUUCACUACGUCUGUGCCAAAGAUAUGGGCUGCCUGUUGAGGGAAGAAAAUUUCUCAUUGAAAUGUCCUAAACAUAAGGGCGUGUGAACCCUGCUAGUUCUGCUGAAAGGGAAGCAGCCAGGCUUGUGAAUAUCCCCUUCUAUGCAGUGCAUCAAAGGACAUCCAUCCUUGCAUAGACAACUAAAUAUGGAUUAGAGCUUAAUGCUUCACACCACCUGAUUAUACAAAAUCCAGCCCGUAGCAGCACUGCAGCAAUGCUGUUAACGCAACAGUAUUUUCAUUACAUAAAUGCAGCAGAUUUCUUUUUUCUCUCUCACUUCUUAUUCACAGGCAAUGCUUCAUGUCUUCAUCCAGUGUUACGUGACACAGUUUCUCUUACCAGUACCAACAGAUUGUUUGAUUGUUAAGGAGUGACCCUGAUCUGUUAGUUGUUGCUGCACUUCAAAGAAAAUACAAAGCUGGUUAUUUUUUUAGGGUUUAGUUUAAAAUAAAAAAUACCAGCACUGUCUGUGCUCUUUUAUUUCUCAUUCUUUUCAUGGACCGUGCACACAUACUCUCACCCAUGCAAAGCUCAGAUCUUAAACAAGGCUGGGGGGAAUAGAGAAGUUUUUGUGUCGGGAAUCCCUGUACAUUCUCAGGCAGUCUCUGUAUCAACAACAAAGUGAUUUAACUGAACUACUAUUUGUGCAAUGUAUUUUAACGACUCCUUUUAUUUUAAUUAAUGCAAAAAUGUAAAAAUGUUUGUGUUCCUUUCAUUGCCACUAAAAGGGUCAAACAAGCUACUAAAGGUGCUGUUAAUUUGAAUCACGGUGCACUAGCCAUCAGGAUUUUUAAUACAUUUCAAGUUAGCUGUAAGUGUCCAGCAGGUGGAGCUGGUGUAUAUAGAGAUGCUUCAUGUCAGAUUCAACACAAGAUGCAUAGCUUGUCACCUAAAGAGCCCAUGGCACUCAUUCCAAGAAAGCAGUGUACUGGCUAAACUCCAAUAUAAAACUGGAUAAAUUCCCACUCCAAGAAGUUUUCAGCUCUCUUGCCUCUGUAAAUGGCAAAUCUCUGAAAUCCCUGAUGCUGCCUCUCAAAGGAUCUAUUCAGCAUACAUAUAUUAACGUUGGAGUUAAGUGAUCUAUACAUAAAAACAAUGUUAAGAGUAUUGAUGCCGAGUGCCAGUAUCAAACCGCUGUGCAGUGUCAUUUGAAAGAUAAAUAUUAUUAGCUUACAAUGCUAUAAGAAUUUAAACCAAGUCACAUUCUCUACUGACCACCUUUUCGGAGGCUUUUGUUUGCUCUUUUGCAUUCGUAAGUGCUGUUUCCAUCUAUACCAAGGCAAAGUAGCGACAGAUUCUUGAUCCUUAUUGACAGUGGACUGCCCAGUCCUUGUGCAUUCUGAGCAGCAUUGGUUUCUAAGCUAUCUUGAGGAGCUGCCUCUCUGUGACAAAUAGAUCUGGCCGUGGAUCAGUUCAUAGAUCAAGCUCAGCGCUCCAGUGAUACUCUCGGUAUAUUCUCCGCUCGCUGUCUGGUGAAUUCAUAACUCCCUGAUUUGUAUUCAGAGGAGAACUGAGAUAAGCCCCAUUUCUGUUCUUUAUACAAAGGUCAUUGCCAGAACUCAAUUUUAAACCUCCCUUCAGCCAAUUACAAGGUAUACCAAUUAGUUAAUUUAAAGAAUUGUGUAAGAUUGAACAGAAAUCUAUAAAAAUGAAAUACAAAAUAGACUGAUACUGCUUAUUAUUAUUAUUAUUAUUAUUAUUAUUAUUAUUAUUAUUAUUAUUAUUAUUAUUAUUAUUAUUAUUAAUGGUGUAUAUAAGUAUUUGACUAUGUUUAAUUGUAAGAUGUGAUGUACUUAAAUAAUUGUGUAUAGUAUUUCUUAGAGAUGUUUAUUUUCUAUAAAAUAAAUAUGUUAUUGCCUAUAAAAUGUGAUUAAAUGAAUGAAUUAAAAAUGA